AGGAAAGUGGAGAAAUACCGCCGCGCGCGCGGGGGCGAAAUGCUUUGCUCCGACCGGCUCUCGCUGAAAGGGCUCGAUCAACAAAGCAGACGAAGAAAAGGGCAGCCCGCGAGGCCCCUCGGCUCAGCCCGGUGGGAAGCCCUUGUCUCGUGCCGCACAUGGCUUUUCUCCCACGGCGCUAGAGGAGGGGAGGCUGUAAUGUUGUUAAACAAGUCGCCCAAAGAGGGCAAAGAAAGAGGGGCCGCGUUGUCUACGAUAUAAAGUUUAAUCGCUUCUUUUGACUGCUGACACCAUUCACGCGAGCCCCUUCACGCGCCCUGUAGUGCCUGGACUGUGUUUUCUGAGUAACAGAGGGCAGCUGCAACACAACAUUAGUCGCAGUUUUAUUUUGCAGGAGGUUAUCAGGUUGAAGUUUACAUGUCUGAGCGAGUGAAAAAUAUUUUGUGCGUCAAAGUGAGCUGUUUAUUUUUCUAAAUGUCUUAUAUUAGCUCAGAUGUUGAGUGUGCCCGAUGGGAACCGAAGCCGUGACCCUGGUGGUAUUGCCGUCAUGGUUAAGCUUUUUUUUUUUUUUUUUUAACAGCGGUUCACUUUAUUGUUAUAUUGGUUUUGCGUCAAAGCAAGUUUGCGGAGAAAUAGUUUGUGGAAACUGUCUCCACAGGCAAGAAAGUGUGCUCUUCCUGCGUCAGACUUUGCCCACAAAAGGCCCCAAAGCGAUUAUUUUUGUGAUGGGGGAACUCCUCACGGGUCUGGACACCCUGUUCGCUUUCUCCAGCUUGAGAGAGUCUUCUUUUCUAUCUCCUGCUGUUCGCGCGUCGUUUCGGCUCUCCACGGAAUUUAAACGUCACUCACGGCUGCGCGAGAGGCUUCACGCUCCAUGUGUCGCCAGUCCCCUGCCUCGCGCACAUUAAUAUUCCUGUAAGUCCCAGUCAUGAAUAACAAUUACACCAUAUACCGGGGGUAGAGGCGGGAGCACGGUGCUCACACUCAGAGCGGCGGAAGCUCCGGGCGGAGGAAGGUUCAGUGUGGAGCUGUAGAGCAGCGCGAGCCUGCAGAUACCGACGCACUGCUUCCACCUGGAAUGAGUUUGUCUGUCUCGGCCCAACAACGUCUUCACUAUCCUGCUGUUUUACCGUGAGACCUACAGAGGGUUUACAGAUGUUAGUUCAUUCAUACUCCACUGCGGACCGGCAUGACGGUGUCUCGAGCCACAGCUCGCGUCUGUCCCAGCUGGGCUCGGUAUCGCAUGCGGGACCCUACUCCAGCGCGCCGCCGCUGUCUCAUGCGCCCUCGUCGGACUUCCAGCCUCCGUACUUCCCGCCGCCGUACCAGCCGCUCGCUCACUACCAGAGCCAGGACCCGUACUCCCACGUGAGCGACCCGUACUCCCUGAACUCCCUGCACCAAAGCCAGCAGGGCGCAUGGGGGGCGCGGCAGCGGCAGGACGCCGCCGGGGACCGGAUGGACAGCUCGGGUCUGCUGGCGCAGCCUCGGGCCUCGCUGCCUCAACUGUCCGGGCUGGACCCUCGGCGGGACUACGGUGGUGUACGGCGGCCCGACGUGCUGCUGCACUCCGCUCACCCGGGACUGGAGCCCGGUAUGGGCGACGGACUGCUGCAUGGGCUGCACGGUAUGGAGGAUGUUCAGACCAUUGAAGACACCAACGGAACGAACAUCCUGGAUCAAUCAGUAAUUAAGAAAGUCCCCAUGCCGCCCAAAAAUGUGGGCUCUCUGAUGCUGGGUAAGGACGGCCUGAUCGGUGGAGUCACCGUCAACAUAAACGAGGUGUUCUGCUCGGUACCGGGCCGCCUGUCGCUGCUCAGCUCCACCUCCAAGUACAAAGUGACCGUAGGGGAGGUGCAGAGGAGACUGUCCCCGCCCGAGUGCCUGAACGCCUCUUUGUUGGGGGGCGUGUUGAGAAGAGCAAAGUCCAAAAACGGUGGGAAAUGUCUGAGGGAAAAGCUGGAGAAGAUUGGACUGAAUUUACCUGCUGGGAGACGCAAAGCUGCCAACGUCACAUUACUAACAUCUCUAGUAGAAGGUGAAGCGGUCCACCUGGCCCGGGAUUUCGGUUACAUCUGCGAGACGGAGUUUCCCACCAAAGCCGUGAGCGAGUACCUCAACCGGCAGCACGCGGACCCCAACGAGCUGCACACGCGGAAAAACAUGCUGCUGGCGACAAAACAGCUGUGUAAGGAGUUCACAGACCUGCUGGCCCAGGACAGGACUCCCCUGGGCAACUCAAGGCCCACCCCCAUCCUGGAGCCCGGCAUCCAGAGCUGCCUCUCCCACUUCUCCUUCAUCACGCACGGCUUUGGGUCGCCCGCCAUCUGCGCCGCGCUCACCGCCCUCCAGAACUACCUCACUGAGGCUCUCAAAGGACUCGACAAGAUGUUUCUCAACAACCCUUCCAACAACCGGCACGGGGACGCCGGCAACAAGGCCGGCGACAAAGAGGAGAAGCAGCGGAAAUGAAGCAGGGGGAAGACGCAGGGCCGAGCGGGAGGCAGCCACUCACACAGAGGCGUUGCACCGUUACUUCUAGCUUUACACCACUGCGACUGACCUGCCACAUACACAGGGCUGAGGAGGUGGAGGAGGAGGAGGAAGGCUUGGUAGAGAGAAAAAGGCAGAGGAAGACACCCGUGGGCCAGUGUCAGAGAGCACAGAGGGAUUUUUCAUCUGUGUUACGUUCUUUUCAUUCCCCUGAGGACAUGGUGGUAACUGUGUUACAUCCAUUUUGCUCCCCCUGCCUGCAUCCUGUGAGACUGAGAUGCUGUGAGCAGCCGACAAACAACAUUGUGUGCGUGUGCGCCUGAGUGAAUGUGGUGUGCGUGUGCUUGUGUUUGUCUUCACACAGAAAAAGCAUUGUGGGUACGAAAAAGUGGGUGAUGAGCAUUCUAUCUGUGAAACAGGUUUGUCUGGUUAUUUAACACGAGCACGAGGAGGGAGGGUGUUAAUUUAUGUGUGUAAAUAUUUAUUUAUAUUAAUUUAAAUGGAUGGUUGUGUAAAUAGGUGCACCAGCUAUUUUGGAGUAGGCCUAUUUAUCUGUGAUUCGACCUUUGUGAGCCGGCGGGGGGGCAGGACUCAUCCAGUGUUUUUCUGUUCUUAUAGAGCUGUUGUCAUGGUGCUGAUGAUGGGUAGACAUGCUUCUAAUUGUCCAGUGAUUUCAUUUCUAUCACACUGAUAAUAAACCAUGUGUUUUAUUAUG